AUGGCAAAGUGUUCAGCACUGUGGAGCACAUCUUCAAGAUCAAUUAAAAGUUCAGAUGCUAUUGAUAAAAUUGCAGUUAAUGUAGCAGUAUUUAAAGAUAAUGAGUUAGAAUACAUAUCGGAGUAUAUUACUGUGUUACAUCCUGUUGCUGCUGCUUUGGACAGGGCUGUCCGAAAUUUAGAUCUUAGACAAACCCUCAUAGUAGCGGACAAACGCGGCUUCAGAGAUGCCAUUGCCUACAGUCUUACUUUCGAGUCAACAAAGCAAGGAUCAAUGACUGACGUAAUGCUGUGCCAAAUUUGUGAUGAAAGUUCGUGUCAAAGGUCAAACGAUGGUUCUAGAACAAAAGGGUCAGGAUUAUGA